UUAGUAGCUUGAAGAACCUUACUCAAUAAAGUCUAUGAAUUGUUGUAAAACGCUUUGCAAUAUGUUUUCUUUAAGACGGGAUUGGUCUGUUGACUUCAUCUUAUCAAUUGUUUUUCUUUGUUGCUGUUUCCUCAAUUGUGUUCAAACUGAAACGGCACGUUAUACAACGACCACUACAACGAAGCAACCGUUUAUGCGAACACCGGGUCUGUCUUUGCCCCAGAAAGAUGUCAAUCCUCCUAAAUGCUCGAAAGAAGUACCAGCGGUUUUUUUCCAAUAUGAAAAAAAUGUGUUAGUAGUGGGCAACAGCUCUCUAAACCCUUACUUUAAUGUGAUUGAGGUAUGUUGUCAAGGCUUUAAACGUUACGACUACGAUUGGAGCAAAUGUGUGCCAGAUUGUGGUAAUAAAUGCUUGCAAAAUGGAUUUUGUUUGGAGGGCGCCCGUUGCCAGUGUUUUAAUGAAUUUGUUUUAAAUCAUCGCAAUGAUUGUGUGCCCACCUGCCCCUUAGGUUGUCCUGACGGUGACUGUUUCUUGAAUGGCACUUGCGUUUGUAAACAAGGGUAUGAAUUAAGCGCAUCGCGUCAGUUCUGUGUACCGAUCUGUAAAAUGGGUUGCGGGCUUAAUGAAAUUUGCGCAGCUCCAGAAAAAUGCGAGUGUAAAAUUGGUUAUGUUAAGCUUCAACCAGACGACUUGAAAAUCGGAUGUCAACCAAUUUGUAUACCAGAUUGUGGCUAUGGGCACUGCGUGGGUCCCAACCGGUGCAACUGUUUUCAUGGAUAUCAGAAAAGGCAAAAUAGCUCAGUUUGCGAAAGUAAUUGUUACCUGCGUUGCGAAAACGGUUUUUGUGUAAAUAGCACUACUUGCAUAUGUCAAAAUGGUUAUAAAUUCGAUCGAAAUACCACUUCAUGCUUACCGGAUUGCGACGAUGAUUGUGAAAAUGGUGUUUGCCUGUCGCCGGGGAUAUGCCGUUGCUUUAAUGGCUAUAAACGUCGGGGCACCAAAUGUGAAGGUGUUUGCGAACAUGGAUGCGGUUUUUAUGGUAAAUGUGUAGCUCCUGGUGUUUGCGGAUGCUCUAUAAUACCGGGUCCUUUCCAUAAUUACCAACAAUGUGAUUUGGGAUAUUGCACUGCUCGAGGACGAUGCCGUUGUCAAGUCGGCAAUACCCGUUUCAUUAAUCAUUGUCUUUCGCCCGACCAGGUUACCACUUAUGCGUCCAUGCAUCAUCAAAAGAUGAAUGACGGGUUAAUCAAUGAAUUUAAUUUAUUAAUUGCAUCGAGAAGAAAACACAAGAAUUUCGGCCAUGCUCGUGGACAACUAAGUUGAUAUAUUUAGUAAUAACUUUCGCAACGUCCUCCCUUACGCUCGUAGCCGGGGUAACAUUCACAGACAUCAGGCGCUGAGCAUAUU